GAUGCCAAGUGUAUGACUUUGGAGACCUGAAUUUCACUCCAGUUCCCAACGAUGAACUGUACAACAACCUGAUCCUAUACCCACGGUCGGUGGGUUUAGCCAGCCAGGUGCUGGCUGAUACUGUAAGCAGAGCAGUAGCUGCUGGGCACAGCUGUGUGACUAUAGGCGGUGAUCACAGCUUGGCACUUGGUUCUGUCAGUGGCCAUGCGCGGCAAUGCCCACACCUUGGUGUGAUCUGGGUGGAUGCACAUGCUGAUAUAAACACCCCUCUCACAACUCAGUCUGGAAGCCUCCAUGGACAACCUCUCUCAUUUCUCUUGAGAGAGCUUCAAGAUAAAGUACCACAACUUCCUGGCUUUUCCUGGCUAAAGCCCUGCCUUUCAGCUUCUGAUAUUGUGUACAUUGGUUUGAGGGAUGUGGAUCCUGCUGAAUACUAUAUUUUGAAGAACUAUGACAUCCAGUAUUUUUCAAUGAGGGAUAUUGAUCGCCUUGGAAUUCAGAAGGUUAUGGAAAGAACAUUUGAACAACUUAUGGGCAGGAGACAGAGACCAAUUCACCUGAGUUUUGACAUUGAUGCUUUCGAUCCCUCACUGGCUCCAGCAACUGGGACUCCUGUCCUAGGUGGAUUAACUUACAGAGAAGGCAUGUACAUCGCAGAGGAAAUACACAACACAGGAAUGCUUUCAGCUGUAGACAUGGUUGAAGUCAAUCCACUGCUUGGAGCUUCUCAAGAGGAAGUGAAUGCAACUGCUAGUCUGGCAGUUGAUGUGAUAGCAACGUGCUUUGGGCAGACAAGGGAAGGAGCACACACCGCUUUUGAUGAACUCCCAACACCCAGUUCUCCAGAUGAAUCUGACAGUGAAGAGCAAGUGAGGAUUUAA